AUGUGGGAGUUCUAUACGGGCACCACACAAACUACCACCACCACUACACUAAAGACUCCAUCCCCAACCACCAGAAACUAUACAGUAUGUGAAGAUAAGGUACCAACGUGCAUCAAUUACGGUCCUGAGAUUUGUUUUAAGUAUACAUCGUGGGCAGCUGUUCAGUGCCCAAAAUUCUGUGUCUUCUGUGAGGCCAUUGAUACCACUUCCACAACAACCACGACGACGACGACCACCACCACUCCUCAACCUUCCACCACCCCACGUAUUUGUGCUGAUACCAAAAAUAACAACUGCACUUCUGCAGGGCCAAUCAUCUGCUUUGAAAAUCAAGUGUAUGCAGAAAACAACUGCCCCGUGUUCUGUAAUUUCUGUACACCCCCAGUUACAUCAGUGGAGAUGACUGCCCCUCCAUUACUUCUAUCCAGUACAAUGCCCAAACCAAUGACUACAAAUCCUGACGUCAUUGUGAUAGGAAGAAAGCGACGAGACAUACUCCAUAGGAGAGUGUUUGGAUACAGAAAAUCAAAUAGAAAUUGA